AUGGAGCCAGAAAUCGAUGAUGUUCCUAUCGCUGCCCCAGAAGCAGCAGUAAUUGAUGAGCAUGGCGACCCUCUUAUAUUAGAGGAUGAUAAGUCACUAUCCUCUCAUCACGAUGAUCUUCCGACAGAUAAUGUUGACGAGUCUGGACUUCCUACUUUCCAAAAUGUAUCAGAGGCAGACAAAGUAGACCAACCUGAUGCCCCUCCAGCUGAUGAGCAGCACGCUCAAAGAAUAGGUAGGACAGCAACGUAUUUCAAUCUGAUUAAUACACUUGUAGGUGCAGGCAUUGUAUCAGUUCCUGCAACAUUCACAUCAUGUGGUGUUGGCUCUACAAUAAUGCUUUUGAUUUUAAGUGCUUACCUUUGUUUCUUUGGCGGAGUUACAUUAAUUGGCAUCCAAAGAGAAACUGGUUCGAAAGGUAUUGCAGAAAUGGCUUACAGAGUUCUCGGUAAGUGGGCCCAGCACACAGUUUCAAUUUUCCAGUUAAUUUUCUGUUUAUCCUGCACAGUUGCAUAUUUAAUUAUUGGAUCCAACCAGGUCGUUUCAUGGCUCAAGCUUGCCAAGCUUAACAUGGAUGGUUUAUGGAAAUGGGCCCUUGUUGUUAUAAUUUACCUUUGUGUUCUUCCUGGCUUAAUGACAUUCCCUCGUCACAUGUCAUGUCUUUCAAAAUUCGCUAUCCCGUCAGUUUUAGGCGUAGUUCUAUACUUCAUUGCAAUAUUAAUUCGCGCGUCUCAAGCUUUAUCAAAACCAGACAUGCCACCGGACCAUACCGUUGGUAUAGAUUUCGGUAUGGGUCUUUUCACAGCUUUCGGAGUUCACGCCCUUACCUUCUCCUUGCAAGUUGUUAUGAUGCCAAUUAUUACGCCAUACAACCCAUCAGUUAGGAAGCGCGUACGCAUUAUUGGAUAUACCUUCAUGAGUUGCUUCCUUAUCAUCGUUAUUCCGGGUCUUUUGGGUUAUCUUAUGUACGGACAAGAAACGGCUUCAGACGUUUUGUCAUCAUUCCCAGAUGACGACAUUUUGAUGGUUUUCGUACGUAUCGGCAUGUUCAUCUCCGUCAGUGCUUCCUAUCCAGCAAUUGUUGUUUCAAUGGUUGCUUCUAUCGGAGGAAUGGCCUGGAAUGAAAACCUUCCUGAAGAAAUGCCAACAAAGCAUAGACUUAUCCUUAUUCCAGCAAUCAACCUAGUCAAUCUUGUCAUUGCUAUCUUCUUACAGGAUAUUAAGCCAAUUUUGGGUGUUGGAGGUGCCCUCGGUGGCUGUAUUGUAGGAUUCGUGUUCCCAUCCUUAUGCAGAUUAGUAAUGAAAACUUAUCCAUUGAAAUCUUGGAUUUCAAUCUUACACAUGUGCUUUGUUGGAUUUGGAAUAAUCGCGGCUAUUCUUUGUACAUAUUCUUCAAUUAAGGAUGCCAUUGCAGCAUUCUCAAAGAAGUAG